AUGAAGCAGGAGCGCCGUCAAUGGGACCGCAGCGCAGGGAUACAGAAGAAGCUAGAGCGCGCUGGAGAGGAGGAGGAGGCCGCCAUCUUGUGUUUACAGAAAAUCAAACUCCACAGAACAAACAAAACUAUAAACCCAGGGUCUCCUCUUCCUCACACUGAGGGACACUGGCUGAAGGAGGGAGUCGGUGGAAGUAGGUCAUUCCCGCAGAGAGUGUCCAGGCGCUGCGUGAGAAAGGUGAUGCGUCCCGUGGUGGUGGUCCAUGGGGGGGCGGGCCACAUCCCGUCUGAGCGCGCUCAGAACUCCAGCAGAGGGGUGUGUACUGCCGUGAGGGCGGGGUACCAGGUGCUGACAGCAGGGGGCAGCAGUGUGGAGGCCGUGGUGGAGGCCGUGAGGCUCAUGGAGGACGACCCCCACUUCAACGCAGGCAGAGGCUCGGUCCUCACUGCAGGAGGUCAGGUGGAGAUGGAUGCUCUGGUGAUGGACGGCAGAGACCUGUCGUCUGGAGCCGUGUCAGCGGUGUCCAACAUCAAGAACCCAGUGAAGCUCGCAAGGCUCAUCAUGGACAAGACCAGCCAUGUGUGCCUGACAGCAGGGGGCGCCCUUCAAUUCGCUCGGCAGAUGGCGGUGGAGGAAGUGUCCACUGAGUCUCUGAUCACAGACUACAGCAGAGAGCGCUGGAGGAAGAACCUGCAGCCGGGGGCCGACCCUGUCCAGUGCCAAAUGGGGAAGAUGGGGACCGUGGGGGCGGUGGCGGUGGAUGCAGAUGGUCACGUCGCUUGUGCCACUUCCACCGGAGGAAUCCUGAACAAGAUGGAGGGCAGAGUGGGAGACACGCCCUGCAUCGGAAGUGGGGGAUAUGCAGACGACUCGGUGGGAGCGGUCUCCACCACGGGACACGGAGAGGCCAUCAUGAAGGUUGUCCUGGCCAGACACAUCCUCUUCCACAUGGAACAGGGCAGGUCUGUGGAGGAGGCGAGCGACCUGGGGCUGUCCCACAUGAGGAGUCGGGUCUCUGGACUGGGGGGCGUGGUCACCGUGGAUACCAAAGGGGCAUGGUCUGCUCGCUUCUCGUCCAAUCAGAUGGCCUGGGCCGCAGCAUGUGACCAGACGCUGCACUGGGGGAUUUACAAAGGGGAGGAGUUUACAGAGAAGAUUGGCGCGUGUCCGGAAGUGCUGUCCGCGGUUGCCAUGGCAGCAGCAGAAAAAGGACAGUGCCAAUCGAAGUCUCCUUCAGACCUCUGCGGGAUCCCAGCCACUUCCCCCGGGAUAAACCUGCUCCAAACCACCGCUGUGGAGACCAAGGAAGGACCAGGACAACCGCAGGACUCACACACGGACUUUGGUACAGCUUCGACCUGGUUUAGACCAAGUUCAGACCCGGUUUAG